GGUGACGCGGACUGGCGAUCUCCAGAGGCCCCGGAGGCGGGGUCUGCCGGCUGCCCAGAGAGCGGCAGGACAAUGCUUUGACCUCCAGGCUGCUUUAAAUCUAGUAGAUAAGCCAGAUACUGUGUUGCCAUAGGUGCUUGGCCCACAUUUAAGGGGGAAUGCGGCUAGCUUGGAUGUCUGGAACUUUUUAGGCACCUGUCUUGGAAUUCCUGGUUGCUGGCCUAAAAAUUACAGUGGUGGUUUAAGAACUGGUCAUCAGGGCAGGACAGCCACACAGCAAAAUGUUUGCAAAACUAAAGAAGAAAAUUGCAGAAGAGACUGCUGUUUCCCAGAGGCCAGGAGGUGCUACUAGGAUCCCACGGUCCGUGAGCAAGGAAUCUGUUGCCUCUAUGGGAGCUGACUCAGGAGAUGACUUUGCUUCCGAUGGAAGCAGCUCCAGAGAAGAUCUUUCAUCUCAGCUGUUGAGAAGGAAUGAACAGAUACGGAAAUUAGAGGCCAGACUUUCUGACUAUGCUGAACAGGUCCGAAACUUGCAGAAGAUAAAAGAGAAGCUUGAAAUUGCAUUAGAAAAACACCAGGAUUCUUCCAUGAGGAAAUUUCAAGAGCAGAAUGAGACAUUCCAAGCCAACAGAGCCAAAAUGGCAGAAGAACUGUCUUUGGCAUUAGCCAGAAAAGACCAGGAAUGGUCACAAAAAGUGGAUCAGCUUGAAAAGGAGAAAAGGUUUCUGACAGCUCAGUUACAGGACAUGAAGAACCAGAGUUUGAAUCUUUUCCAAAGGAGAGAUGAAAUGGAUGAAUUAGAGGGGUUCCAGCAACAGGAACUAAGUAAAGUAAAACACUUGCUUUUAAAAAGAGAAGAAAGUCUGGGGAAAAUGGAGCAAGAGUUGGAAGCACGAACCAGAGAACUUAGUCGCACCCAGGAGGAGUUGAUGACCUCCAAUCAAAUGUCAUCAGACUUAAGGCAGAAGCUUGAAGAAUUGCAGAGACAAUGCUCAACGCUGGAAGAGCAGAGAGAGCUUGUGACAGCUUCAAAAACAGGUGCAGAAAGUAAGAUCACAGCCCUGGAACAAAAGGAACAAGAGCUCCAAGCAUUCAUUCAGCAGCUUUCCAUUGAUUUGCAAAAGGUCACUGCUGAAACUCAAGAGAAAGAAACACUCAUUGCACAUUUGCAGGAGAAAGUCACCUCCUUAGAGAAGAGACUGGAGCAGAAUUUGUCAGGAGAAGAACAUGUACAGGAACUCCUGAAAGAGAAAACAGUUGCUGAGCAGAAUUUGGAAGAUACCAGGCAGCAGCUCUUGGCAGCCAGAAGCAGCCAGGCCAAGGCCAUUGACAUCCUAGAGACGCGGGUGGAGGAGUUAGAGCAGAGCCUGCAGGCCUCUGAGGAGAAGCUGAAGCAGAGCAGGGACGCCGUGGCCGCUCAGGAAGCUCAGAUUCAGGAGCUUGCCACUGCAAACCAGGAGAGCAGCCGUGCGCAGCGGCAGGUGCUCACUCUGCAGCAGCAGUGCACAGAGCACGUCCACGCGCUGGAGGCCCAGCUCGCUGCCCUUGAGACGGCUCGGGCGGCUGACCAGACGGCUGCAGAGCGUCAGGUGAGGGACCUGGAACAAGAAAACGCGCUCCUUAAAGAAAGCAAGAAUGAGUGUGAACGUUCUUUACAACAUCACCAACUUGAACUAAAGAAGCUCAAGGAAGAAUGGAGCCAAAGAGAAAUUGUGAGCGUGGCAAUGGCUCAAGCCCUGGAGGAAGUGCGGAAGCAGAGGGAGGAGUUCCAGCAACAGGCUGCUAACCUGACAUCCAUAGUAGAUGAGAAGGAGCAGAGUCUGCAGGAAAGAACUGCCACGGUUCUCCAGAAAGAGCAGGAGAUUCUCCAGUUGAAGAAAGGUCAUGACGCUGCCCUGCUGCAGACGCACCAGCUGCGGAGUGAGCUGCAGGCCCUGCGCAGCCUGAGGGCAGAGGAGUCCGAGGCAGCCGCCAGGCGGGAGGACCUGCUGAGGCUGCCAGGCCAGGAGCAGGGCUUGGCCCUCUCAGUCAGCGAGCUUCAGGUAACCUCGAGGGCCGUGCGGGACCCGGCGUACCCGCUUCCGCCUGCGGAGGGAAUACCAAAUGGUGAGGUGGGGGCCAUGGACCUAGAGCAGCUACAAAAGGAAAAACAGGACCUGGAGCAGCAACUUCUAGAGAGAAAUAAGGCCAUAAAGCAGAUGCAGCAGAGGAUGCUGGAACUCAAAAAGACGCUGCAGAAGGAGCUGAAAAUCAGACCCGAUAAUGAGCUUUUUGAAGUCCGGGAGAAGCCUGGCCAUGAGAUGCCAAACAUGGCCCCUUCUGUCACAAGCAAUGCUGACCUGACUGAUGCCCGCGAGGUCAACUUCGAGUACCUUAAACAUGUGGUUUUAAAAUUCAUGUCCUGUCGAGAAUCUGAGGCCUUUCAUCUUAUAAAAGCUGUGUCAGUGUUGCUGAACUUUUCGCAAGAAGAAGAGAACAUGCUCAAAGAAACCCUGGAGUAUAAGAUGUCAUGGUUUGGGUCCAAGCCAGCUCCCAAGGGCAGCAUCCGGCCAUCCAUCUCCAACCCUCGGAUACCAUGGUCCUAGAUGGAACUACCCAAGUAUGGAGCUCCAUGGGCUGACGCUUUUUCUGUGAAAAGAACACUGACACACCAGUCUGGGUGGGUUUUUAAUCACUGUAACUGCAGUAUUUUGUACAAGCAUCUAAACAUUGUUUACAAGACUUAAGGUCCACUUCCCUGCAGACUGAUACGAACCUCAGAAGGCAGUGGAUCCUGUCAUUCUGGUCACAAAUGGGAACGUCCUGGCACUACCCACAUUUCUAGUGCUGCUAAAAUCCUAGCUCUGGCCAGCUCAUCUGCACCUAAAUUUCUAACCUUUGUUAGUACUUAAAGCUGAAGCCAUUAGCAUCUGGCAGAGGAGGCAGCUGAUUCGUCAUGUAGUGAUGCUGCUGGAUGUGAAGAAAACCCUUUGAAAUGAUGCCCAGCAAGCCAGACUCACCUGCUUCUGCCACAAGCCAACUCAGUGGGGGUGGCUUUUAAAAAUUCCCCUUCCCUUGUAGCAUGUUUGGGUUCAGAUGGGUUAGAAGAGGCUUUUUAACCUUUGAAGAAAACAUUUUACCUUGUUUCUCAAACAACUUAGAAUUUUAGAUGUGUGCAUCUUUAAGAUACUCUGAAGCCAGUGUGGAUUAAUGAAUAUGCAGCUGACAGUAUCUCAUUUUACUGAAGAAAACUAGCAAAUAUAUAAAAAGAUCCUUUGUACCAAAUACACUCAAUUGCCUUCUUAAUGAAUGUACUUGUCUUGGAUAGGUUGCCGGUAAACCAUUUUAAACUAUUUUUUAUAGCUGAAGUUCUUCACUAUUAUAAACAUGUCUUCUGUAUUAUAAAACCCAUUUAGAGGUGUUCUUAAAGGAAGAUCGGAGCAUCAAGAGGAAAUGAUUUCUGAGGGGAUUCCCAUCCCUUUGUAAUCUCACUAGCGUCCUCGGCGUCUGCUUCCCUCCGAAGCGAUGGUGGCGUUUCAUUUGCUUUGCUCGAUUCUUGGUUGUAACACUGAGCAAAUGCUAAUUACAUGUUUUCUACUGUUAAGGACAGUCUGCUGUAUUCAAAAGAGGCAGCCGCUGUCCCUCCCCCCAGCCGUGACCAAAACUUUGGAGGUGGCCUGCCUUGUAUGUGGAGCCACCAUCUCUCCCUCACCCUCACCUCAACUAUUUAAGAUGACACUACAUUCAUAUAUGGUGUCCAGACAGCCCCAGCUGAUUGCAGGACUUGGUAGCAUGCAGAUAGCUCUGGUGGUGACUGCCGAAAACUUGUAUUACUAAAGAAAAGGAAGCAUAAGCCACAAUAUCAAAUCUAAAGGGACAUACUGACUUAGCUUGAUGAAAGUUUCACUGGUUCAAUAAAAA